AUGAUCACAGCGCGCGAGUUCCUGGACCAGGCCUGGCAGCGCGAGGACAAGAUCCUGUUGUCGCCCAACCUGACCAGGAUCAUCGAACGAUUCAACCAGGUGAGCUACUGGGUGGCGACGUGCAUCCUCACGCAGUCCAGCAUCGAGAAGCAGGCGCUCAUCAUUAGCAAGUUCAUUCGGCUGGCGCUGGACUUGUUCAAGCUUCACAACUACAACGGUGUUGCCGAAAUCACAUCAGCGCUCCACAAUAGCGCCGUACAGCGUUUGAGGCAGACGUGGCUAUUGAUGCCGGAGCGACACCUGAAGAAACUACAGAAACUGGAACAAAUCAUGCAGCCCCAGCAGAACUUCUGGACAGAAUGCUUCGAUAAGGUGCAGGGACCAAAGAUUCCGUACCUGGCUGUCUCGCUGCGCGAUAUCACAUUCAUCAAUAUUGGCAACAAUAACUACAACGAAGACGGGUCGAUCAACGUCGACCGGUUGGCCAUGCUGCAUCAGCAGGUGCAGAACAUCCGAAGACUUCAGGAAACUGCGCAACAGACGGAGGUCAAGGAGCUCGACAGACUCACCGACCCAGAGCUCAUCGAAUACUGUCACAGUCCUCCGUUCAUUGAUAAUGACGAAGUGUUGCACGAGCUGGCGGCGCGCUUCAUGUCGAGGACCAAGGACGUCAACAGCAACGUGGACUCGAUACUCAACAACUCCAACAUUCUCAGCCUCUUCCACAUCUCUGACUCGUCCGACUCGUCGCUGUCGCUCACCGUGUCGGUGAGGGACCGGGGCCGCGGCGAGGGCGACGACUCGUGGUCGGUGCUCACGUCGGAGACCGAGACCGAGACCGAGAGCAUACUGGAGGAGGACCAGGACGACGUCUUUGACGACGAACAAGACGACGCCGACGCCGCUGCGAAGAAGGCGGUGACGACGAAGAAGAAUUCGAAGAGCAAGAACAAGGAGCGCUCGAAGCACAACAACAAGGGCGAGGCGGAUAAUGAGGUGGACGACGAUGAUGACGAUGAUGAGGUGGACGGCGAUGACAGCACCGCCGAGAAGGUGAAGAAGGUGAAAAAGAAGAAGAAGAAGACGCGCAUGCGCGUGGCGGGCGACGAGGGCGGCGACGAGAGCGCGAGCAGCAGCCAGGACCUCCUGCUCGACCACAAGGCCAAGCUCGCGAAGAAGAAGAAAAAGAAGCGGCUCAGCGCCUCGCCCUCCAGCUCGUCCGCGCUGUCCCAGCCGCCGCCGCAGCCGCAACAGCAGCCCAAGGAGGAGAGCUCGUCUGACGCCGGGGCCGAAGCCAAGGAGACGGCCAACUGA